UUUCUUAGAUAUGUCACUUGCCUUAGGAUAUAUAAAUGCCCGUAGCGCAGUCGGGAAAUCAGUUGGUUGUAUUCUCCACAAGGAACAAGUAAGGAAUAACCAUGCAACUCUUCAUUGUCCUGGCGGCUUGCUUUGCAGCAGCUUUUGCUCAAUCGCCAGCCAAAAAAUUGGAAGAAACCCUCAUCAGUAUAAGGGAUCAAAUGCCAUGCGGAUUCCCCGAUUGGGGUCUUCCCCCAUUGGCCCCCCUCCAAGGAGAUUACUUCAACCUUUACCACAAACUCUGGAUUUUGCAAAUCAACGGUGGUGCGUCGGACUUCCUCAUUGAAGGCUUGAAUGACUUCGACAUUAGCAACGUUAACCUGAACGUUCUAACUCUCAAACUGAACAUGGACCUGAACUUCAACAAGAUCCAUGCGAAGGGCAAAUAUUUCAUCGAAUCAUUCAUCAUUAGCCCAUUAAAGCUUAAAGGAAAGGGAACAUUCGACAUUAAUCUUACCGACCUCAGCAUAAAGAUUUACGGCCGCAUUGGCAUGGUUGAUGGAAUCCUUCGCUUGAUGGACUUGGAUGUUGUCAUCGGCCUGGACGGCAUGAAAUCCAAAAUUACCGGACUUGUUGGACCAUUGGGCACACUAGUAUUGAGCAGCAUUGUUGACAAGGUCAUAGUUGGUUUCAUUGCAGAUAAUCAGGAAGCUCUCACGGAUAACAUUCGCGAAAUCCUCCUUCCACAAAUCAAUAACCUUUUGAAGGAUUUCACUAUUAGUGAUGUUUUGCAAUUACUUCAAAACUCACCAGAAUUCCCACCAUGUGUCGCAAAGGCCGCUUAAAUGUUUGGAUCAGUGAAUAAAAGAUUGAGAUAAUUUCGAGCAAAA